AUGGAACCAUUGAAAAGAAGGUACAAAAAAGCCUUGACGGCGUCCAAAAUUGCAGAUUAUUUACAAGAUAUCGAAGAUUCAAGUAAUGAGGAUAUAAAUGAUAUUGAUGUUGUCAUAUUGCCGCCAGACGAAGUGGAUGAAAUGACAGACAUAGAAGAAGGUCCUGAUGACGAUAUGGGAGUUUUACCUGUGUCCGAUGUAGCUGGUCAAGUGGAGUUUUCAUGUACGGUUGACAAUAUUGAGGAAGGUGAACCUAAUCAACGUACAUCUCGGGCAAGUAAGACAGUCGCUUGGCGUAAGUGUAAGCCAGUUCAUUCUGAUAAUCAACCAGUAUCUACGACAGCUAAUCAAUAUUUGGAAAACAUGAUAACGGAGUUGGAAGGGAAAUCGGCGGUAGAAAUAUUUGAAAACCUGUUAUGUGACGAGAUUUUAGAAUAUAUUGUUCAAGAAACAGAAACUUAUGCCAAACAUUACAAAAAUGACUUGAAUUUUAGUCUCAACGUGAAUGAGUUAAAAGUUUUCUUAGCAAUCUUGUUUUUCUCUUCAUAUCACCACUUGCCUCAAAGUAAACUUUAUUGGUGUAGAGGUAAUGAUGUACACGUUCCAUUUAUUGAAAAAGCAAUGUCACGUAAUCGUUUUGAUAAAAUCAAGUCUUAUUUACAUUUCAAUGAUAACUCAAAAAUCGACAAUACUGACAAAGCUUUCAAAAUUCGCCCAUUUAUCGCAAAAGCUAAUGAAUCAUUUCAAAAGUUUGGGAUUUUUGAAUCCAAUUUAGCAGUUGAUGAAAUGAUCGUUAAAUAUUUUGGUCAUCACGGAAUCAAACAAUUUAUAAAAGGAAAACCAGUGAGGUUUGGAUACAAACUUUGGGCAUUGUGUGGAGUCAGCGGAUUCUGUUAUAAUUUUUCGUUAUAUGCAGGCAAAAAAACUCAAACCGCAGAUGGUACUGGCGAUGGCUUGGAUUCAAGAGUGAGGCAAGAAAUGGUACUGGCCUCUAGUAAUUCGUAUUCUAGACAUGUUUCUAGUAAAUUCGUGGAUUAUUUACAACCAGGUCAAUAA